AUGUUCAAUAACUCCAGCUACCCCUUCAACUGCUUCAACUACGAUGGGGACGGAUACCCCUCCUCCAGCACGGACGAGGAGAAGAAGAUGUGCCGACCUGCGUACAGUGUGCGUGUGUGUGUCAGCUACAUCGCCCUGAUUGCCAUGGCGAUCCAGCAGAGCCCCGAGCAGCGCGUCACUCUGUCGGGGAUCUACGAGUUCAUCAUGAAGAGGUUUCCUUACUACCGCUCCAACCAGAGAGCCUGGCAGAACUCCAUCAGACACAACCUGUCCCUCAACAGCUGCUUCAUCAAGGUUCCUCGCACGGAGGGCAACGAGAAGGGAAAGGGAAACUUCUGGACGUUCGCCACCGGCUGUGAGUCCAUGCUCGACCUGUUUGAAAACGGAAACUUUCGGCGUCGACGGCGCAGGAGGAACAUGAAGAUCGGCUUCAGAGAAUCAGCAGAAAUCUCGUUCCUCCAGCCUCUGGAGAUCCACAGCGAUCAACACUUACCCCCAUCCCGGCGCCCAGAGACCCCCCUCUGCCCUCUGAACCCUGAGAGGCCGAGGCCGGACCCCCUCCUCCCAAACAACACCCAGAAACCAGAAUCAGAGAUCAAGUUCAGCAUUGACUACAUCCUGUCCACUCCGGACCCUCCUCUCCUCGGGAUCAGAUCCUCCCACGGGACCCUCCUCGCAGCCGGACCCCCCGUACACCUCCUGGAGCCCCAACCACAUCUGAACCUGCACUUCUGGACUCUGUAG